CGCGCAUCCUGCUCCCUUCGGUGGACCAAAUCUCCGUCGCUGCUCCGUGAGACCGAAACGAAAACCGACAGAAAGCCGCGGAAAUGUCCACCAGCUCUGCUUUUAACGAUGAGAAGGGGGGCUCGUCCAGCGUCGGGGAGGCUGAAUACGCUUACGACCCCGUAAGCGGGAAGAUUUUCUCCUCGGACUACAAUCGACAUGAUGACUUGAAGGAGAUGUUGGACAGCAACAAAGACUCCCUGAAGCUGGAGGCAAUGAAGAGGAUUGUGGCUAUGAUCGCUCGUGGCAAAAAUGCAUCAGAUCUUUUCCCAGCCGUGGUGAAAAACGUGGCGUGCAAAAACAUUGAGGUGAAAAAGCUUGUUUAUGUUUACUUGGUGCGCUACGCUGAGGAACAACAAGAUCUUGCUCUGCUCUCCAUUUCUACCUUUCAGCGUGGAUUAAAGGAUCCGAACCAGCUCAUCAGAGCCAGUGCCCUGCGUGUCCUCUCCAGCAUUCGAGUUACGAUCAUCGUCCCGAUCAUGAUGCUGGCCAUCAAAGAAGCUGCUUCAGACAUGUCUCCAUACGUCAGGAAGACAGCUGCUCAUGCAAUUCCUAAACUAUACAGUUUGGAUCCUGAACAAAAGGACCAGCUGAUAGAAGUCAUAGAGAAACUCCUCGCAGACAAAACCACGCUGGUGGCAGGAAGUGUCGUCAUGGCUUUCGAGGAGGUUUGUCCGGAGCGCAUCGACCUCAUCCACAAGAACUACCGGAAGCUGUGCAACCUCCUGAUUGACGUGGAGGAGUGGGGGCAGGUGGUUAUAAUCAACAUGUUGACCCGCUACGCCAGAACACAAUUCCUCAACCCAAACAUCAACGAGUCUCUGUUUGAGGAAGGAAGUGGUGGGGAAAAGACGUUUUAUGGCUCAGAUGAAGAUGAGGAUGAAGAUGAGAGCAAGAAGGAGAAGAAGGCUGAGGCAACUGAAAUGGCCAGGAGGAAACCGUAUGUGAUGGAUCCAGACCACCGUCUGCUGCUGAGGAACACUAAGCCGCUCCUGCAGAGCCGCAACGCAGCUGUGAGGCCACUGCACCGCUCCACACACGUUUUUACACGCUGGACUGAAGUCCAGUUUGUGGUUCUUCAGAACGUGGCAACGAUGACGAUUAAGAGACGGGGCAUGUUUGAACCAUACCUGAAGAGCUUCUACAUCCGCUCCACAGACCCGACUCAGAUCAAAGUUCUCAAGCUGGAGGUUCUCACCAACCUGGCCAACGAGACAAACAUUUCCACCAUUCUCCGAGAGUUUCAGACGUACAUUAAAAGCAUGGAUAAAGAUUUUGUGGCUGCAACAAUUCAAGCUAUUGGCCGCUGUGCGACAAACAUCGGUGAAGUGAGGGACACCUGUCUGAACGGUCUGGUGCAGCUACUUUCCAACCGAGAUGAGCUGGUGGUAGCCGAGUCGGUGGUCGUCAUCAAGAAGCUGCUGCAGAUGCAGCCAGAGAAGCACAGCGACAUCAUCAAGCACAUGGCCAAACUAACAGACAACAUCCAGGUGCCGAUGGCGCGGGCCAGCAUCUUGUGGCUGAUUGGAGAAUACUGCGAGCACGUGCCGAAGAUUGCCCCAGAUGUUCUCAGGAAGAUGGCCAAGUCGUUCACCAGCGAAGAGGACAUUGUUAAGUUGCAGAUCAUCAAUUUGGCGGCCAAGCUGUAUCUCACAAACUCCAAACAGACUAAACUUCUGACGCAGUAUGUCCUCAACUUGGCCAAAUACGACCAGAACUACGACAUUCGUGACCGCGCACGCUUCAUUCGUCAGCUCAUCGUGCCCAUCGAGAAGAGUGGGGCCCUCAGCAAGUACGCUAAGAAACUGUUCCUCGCCCUCAAACCUGCGCCGGUUCUCGAGUCUCCAUUCAAAGAUCGAGACCAUUUCCAGUUGGGUUCUCUUUCUCACCUGCUUAAUGCCAAGGCUGGUGGCUACCAGGAGCUGCCUGACUGGCCCGAAGCCGCCCCCGACCCCUCCGUGCGCAACGUGGAGGUGAAGGAGUCUGUUUUUACGCUGCUCGAAAGAGUCACAACGUUAACGAGUGUGCCUGAAUGGACCAAAUGCAGCAGUCGCGAGAAGAGGAAGGAGAAGAAAGCGGAGAAGCCGUUCUACUCGGACUCAGAGGGAGAAUCGGGGCCGACGGAGUCUGCUGACAGCGAGUCGGACUCGGCGAGCGCCUCGGACAGCGGCAGCGAGGACAGCGGGUCGGGUUCGGAGAGCGAGAGCGAGGAAGACUCUGAAUAUGAGGACGAGGAGGAAGAGAAGGAGGAAAAGAAAACCAAAAAGAAAGAACUGAAGAAGCCAAAGCCAGAAACUGAAAGUGAACAGAGCAGCGAAGAAGAAGCCAGGAAGCCAGAGAAGAAGAGUAAACAACGAAAGAGCGACUCCGAGUCUGAAUCUGUGGAGGAUGAGGAGAGUGAGUCUGAGAGCAGUCAGUCAGAGUCGGAGGACUCGGAGUCUGAAGUGGAGCUCAAAAAGAAAAAGAAGGCAGCUGAGUCCAAACCUCCGUCCAAACCCGUCAAGAAGGAGAAGAAAGAAAUGUCUCUGCUUGACCUGGAUGAUUUUGAACCUGCUCCCUCGCCUCAAGUCACUCCCGUCAGCACCUUACUGUCCAGCAGCCUUGUGACGGACCUGGAGGGCUUGUCUUUGUCUGACUCCGUCCUUUCAGCCGCUACCAUCGCUCCCUCCAGCGCGCUGAAGAACUUCGAGCUGCUGCACCGCAUCACGGGAGAAGGUCUGUCGGUGGAGUACUGCUUCAGCCGGCAGCCGUUCAGCCCCGACGCCAACAUGGUGGCCGUGCAGCUGCAGUUCACAAACAACUCCACGUCCGACACCAAGAGCCUGCACAUGGAGGACGUGAAGCUGCAGUCAGGGAUGAGGGUCAAGGAGUUCCCGGAGAUCGAGUUGCUGCCGGCUGGUGGGACGGCCUCAUCGGUGAUGGGCAUUGAUUUCUGUGACUCGACGCAAGCAGCAAACUUCCAGCUGUGCACCCACACCAAGAAGUUCUUCGUGUCGAUCCAGCCGCCUGUUGGAGAGCUGAUGAGGCCCGUCUUCCUCACAGAAAACGAGUUCAAAAAGGAACAAGGUCAGCUGAUGGGCAUGAACGAGAUCACAGAGAAGCUCACGCUGGACGUCAAGUGUCGGAACGAACACGCCAUCGUCCAGAGAGUGACCACCGCCGCCAACCUCAGCAGAGUCCCCUGUGGCUCAGACAAAGAGUGCAGGUUUGCUGGCAGGACCGUCACCAGCAGCAGCUUGGUGCUGGUCACCGUGGCAACCAGAGAGGAGGGCGCCGCUCAGCUGACGGUCAACUGUGAGAAGAUGGUGAUCGGCACCAUGCUGGUUAAAGACAUCCUCCUGGCUCUGACGCAGUGACGUGAAACAGCAGCGUCUCCCCCUCCAGAUUUCAUCCGCCCCCUCCUUUCACCCACAACUCAAGCCCCAACGUUUUAAAAGCCCCCGACUGUCGGACUGAAAGGUUUGAGCUUCCUUCUCCAGAAACACCUCAUUUGUAGCGUUUCUUCACUGAGGAGACGACUGAGUCUGUGUUUAGGGAAACGCAGCUUUUUAUUUUCAUUGGAUAGGCAUAAUUAAAUUCAUUUUUACGUUGAGUUGGUUUUAAAGCAGUCUUCUUCAGUGGAUGCAGCUGUUUAGUUGUAACUGAGAUGUCAGAAACUUGAGGUCCAACCGGUACUGGGGUUGUUUACGGUCCUCAGAAGUCCGUUUAUCAGGUCCAGCUUCAGCAGAGUGAGUUUUGGGCUCAGUACUCAAGCGACACGUGGUCCGUUUUUAAAAACAUUUAUACUAAAUAUUAAUUUUAAACAUAGAGGAGAUGUUUAAUUGGUGCUGGAGGGUGAUCCUGUAACUACAUCUCCCAUGAACCAGCAGCAGAUUUUAAUGAAACUCUCAGAAACGAAUCAUUGGACGUUCGUCCACAACAGCUCGAGCUUAGCGAAGGCUAAAAUGUCCACAGCUAAGUUAAAUUAAUUUAUUUAUUUUAAGUUUUUGAGUUAAUUUUCUGUAACAGCCAGGGCUUCAUUUGAGCCGGAUCCAGCCAGAACAGGAUCCGGAACCUCUCUUAUUUUGACAGGGUGCAGUAACCAUUUCCUUGGAUCCGGUCACUCUCAGACUUAAUAAUAAUAAAGUUAUAAACAAAUUUGACUGCCUUGAACGAAUUAAACCUA